AUUGUUAUUCCCGGCUGGUCAUUGGUCUUUGUUGUGAGCUCCUCCUAUAAAACGACGGAAACGAACAUAGGGCCGCUGAAUCGCCUCAUCGAAGUUUUGGCAAUCCCGACGCUCGUGCAAGCAAUCAUUUGGUUCGGCGACUGUCAAUGGGGGCGGGAGAGGAGAUUUGGAAUGCGUCCAAACUGUUGGAGAGUCAUUGCCCCGAUACUCCGUCGUCUUCAAUCACCAUUGACCACUCGCUCCCCAUCUCUGAAAUGAAGCCUCACAUCGUGGAACUCUGCAAGGAUCUCUUCAAGAAGUGGUCGGAUUUGGAUGAGUCAGAUUUUUACCUUGAGACGGUAUCUGGUGGUCUCACGAAUCUUUUACUCAAGCUUACUGUCAAGGAAAGUGGAGGUGAUGUGAUUAUGACUAUUCGAUUAUAUGGACCAAACACUGAGUAUGUUAUCAAUCGAGAGAGGGAACUACUGGCUAUUCCAUACCUCUCAGAUGCAGGAUUUGGUGCCAAGUUGCUUGGAGUGUUUGGAAAUGGCAUGGUGCAAUCAUUUAUCAAUGCUCGUACACUUACUCCAGAAGAAAUGCGGAAGCCAAAUCUUGCUGCAGCAAUUGCUAAACAAGUUCGAAAAUUCCAUGAAGUAGAAAUUCCUGGUUGUAAAGAACCACAGCUGUGGAACGACAUCUUAAAGUUCUUUGACAGAGCCUCAAGCCUGAGGUUUGAUGAUGAUGUAAAGCAAAGGAAGUAUGAUACGAUAUCAUUUGAAGAAGUUAAGAAAGAACUUGCUGACCUUAAGGAUACAACAGAUCGUCUUAAUGCUCCUGUUGUCUAUUCUCACAAUGAUUUGCUCUCUGGAAAUUUUAUGCUUAAUGAGGAUGAAGGGAAGCUUUACCUGAUUGACUUCGAGUAUGGGUCCUAUAAUUACAGAGGUUUUGACAUUGGAAACCACUUCAAUGAAUAUGCUGGCUUUGAGUGCGACUAUACAAUGUUUCCAACGAAAGAAGAACAGUAUCACUUCUUCAGGCACUAUUUGAAGCCAGACAACCCAAACGAGGUUUCUGAUGCGGAGCUUGAAGCACUUUAUGUGGAGACAAAUGCUUAUACUCUAGCUUCACACCUGUGCUGGGGAUUAUGGGGUUUAGUACAGGCGAAAGUGUCUCCCAUCGAUUUUGAUUAUCUGGAGUAUUUCUUCCUGCGAUACAAUGAAUAUAAGAAGCAGAAGGACAGGUGUGUUUCACUGGCAAGAUCAUCUCUCUCAUGAUCCUUCUUACAGGUCUCUAAUGUUGUAUGCAGCUUCGGCUGUUAUUCUGGCUGUGGCUUUUACCCCAAGUGCUUUCUUGCAUCAUCUGUCUGAUCUGCCUUCUGCACUAGUAUUGUAUCGUGCUCUAAAUAAGUUUUGUGUAGUAUUCAAUAAUUGGGAUUUCAUUAGGAAAAUUUGUGAUUUUCCUUGGCGCAUAGAAAAUCCACAUCAUAGAAAGAUGAUCUGCAUUUGUGUAUUAUUAGAUAUCCACGGACAUCAUCGAAAGGUACGCAGUGUAAAUCCUUGCUCCUUUUUCACUUGAUUA